CCAGAGUCAGCCACAUCCCAGCCCACGGUUGACUACCCCAACACCACCACCACCUCCCACCCAACCCCCUUCCUCCUCCUCCUCCUCCUCCUCCUCCUCCUUGUACACACCGGCUCUCAACCACCCAGCCAGUCACCUCCAGUGCGACCGGCCGGCAGGAGCAGGAGGCAAACAAACCGACCCGGAGCAGCAGCAGCGAGGGCGAUCCUGCAGCCGGUUAUUUUGGCUCAGCUAAAGAAAGACGCACCGAGAAUGGGACGCCGGUGCCUGGAUCAGGACUGAGUCUGGUCGGCAACAACGAGAGCUCCUCCGACCCCGUUUCCAAGUCCCUUUUCUCCCGGAUCAGAGUCACGUUUCCACCGCUGCUUCACAAUGGGCUGCUGCAGCGGACGAUGCACUCUCAUCUUUCUUUGCACUUUACAGUUGGUGUUGGCUUUAGAAAGACAGGUCUUUGACUUCCUGGGUUACCAGUGGGCCCCGAUCCUCGCCAACUUCUUCCACAUCAUCAUGGUCAUCCUUGGCCUCUUUGGCACCAUCCAGUACCGGCCGCGCUACAUUGUGGCGUAUACAGUAUGGGCCGCUCUGUGGGUGGCGUGGAACGUCUUCAUCAUCUGUUUCUACCUGGACGUAGGAGGCCUGUCCAAGGACAGUGACCUGCUGACAUUUAACAUCUCUGCCCAUCACUCCUGGUGGAGCGAACACGGGCCGGGCUGCGUGAGGAGAGAGAUGCCGCAGGCUCCGGGGGUCCCCACCACGGAGAGCCACUCCUACAUCACUGUCAUGGGCUGCAUCAUGGACUACCAGUACAUCGAGGUCGUCCAUAGCGGCACGCAGAUCCUCAUCGCUCUCCUGGGCUUCGUGUACGCCUGUUAUGUUGUCAGCGCUAUCACUGAGGAGGAGGACAGCUUUGAUUUUAUUGGUGGAUUUGACCCAUUCCCACUCUACCAUGUCAAUGAGAAACCAUCUCAUCUCCUCUUAAAGCCCAUGUACCUGUCUACGUAAAUAAGAGAGCGUCCAGCGGGGAGGUGACACGGCAAAUUCCCACGGAGACGAAAUGGCUGUUGUGACACAAACAUCUCCAGUUCACCGGGGCAGGCCAGACAUUCCUCCCCUGCUUGAUUUCAGUACUUUAAACAUGUCAUUUACUGGUGUACUGCCCAGAAAAGCCAACACCUCUCAGUUAGGGUCCAUUGUUUUCCAGCCAGGGAGGGAUGAGGGGGGGGAUUACUGUGCAACAAAGCCACAUAUUGUGUGUUUAGGGAAUCAUUUUCUUCGUAUUGAGUUCUCUGCUGAGGUCCCCGGUGCUGUAAUGGUCUAAUACUCCCCAAGACUGCAUAGAACAUGUACAGCAUAUGAUAUAAAUACAUUGUGUGUGUAAUCAGGGGCUGCCCAGCGUUCCCAGUCUGUGGUGCUGUGUCUUAGAGGACUCAGUGAUUUAGCAUGUUAUUGCUGGUUUGGCUCAGAUCUCGGCCGGAGGGCUGAAUUACAGUGGAGCCCCGUGGAAUGAGCCAUUGUGCGCUGCCUGUUUACUUUAGGCCAGGAUCUGUGUGCAUAAAUACACGAGCAAAGCAGGAAGAGGCAGGGGAGUGGAGAGGUGGAGGGAGGACGAGGGGAGGGGGGGGACAAAAGCACCAAACCUACAGGGGCAUCUGUCAAAAAUAGAAAAUGUAAAUAAUGAAACAAGAGAGGGGGAAGAUUUUUGGAUUUAGAGUUUGAAAUGUGAACUAUCAAGUGAGUGAGUAAGAGGUGUUCAAACACAAGGAGCGGCAUGAGUCUUACUUUUAUUUCUGGAGUCUUAUUGUUGAGGCUGUUUUCACCAACAGUCAAGUCGGUAUGUCUGAAGUGUCGGGCGUUAGAAGACUCGCUGAAAGCUUUGUUUUCAUUUCAGUUCUUCUCCUCUAACUACCGACACAUGGAGCUGCUGACAGGGGGGAUCAUUACGCACUCAAGCAAAGGUUACACAGCGUAUUUUUAACUUCAAGAAAACAAUGGAAAUUGUUUUACUAUUCAUAUUUCAUACAACAGUUGCUGAGUUGCAAUGAGUCUUCAGUUUAGAAGUAGCACGGCCUAUAGCUGAGUGGACCAGAGCGUUGUCGGUUCAACAGUGUAGAUUCCCAAUGGUGAUAGUCUCAGUUGUGAUUGUUUUCUAGCAUGUUUUUUACAGGGUUUGUAUUGUAAUUAUGUGUAUAACAUAUUAAGUACAAAAUAGCAAAACUGAUGUCUUCAACUGGCUGUGUAUGAGCUGGUUAAACAGUAACUGAAAGCUUCUGAAAGAUUUAUUUUUUUCUGACACAUUUUUUAUUUACACACACGUGGGUCAUAUCUCCUACACUGACUGAUUGGUAGCACUUUUUGUUCUUAAUGUCAGAUCCCCUGUUGCCUUACUGGGUGUGUGAAUCACUACUGCUCUCUGGUGUCCACAGUGUUCAUGUACAAGUUGCAGGGCUACUGAGUUUCUGCUCUGGGGUCCAUAAAAUCUCCAUGUUUUGUCUUAAAACUUUUUUUUUGUAUGCAGAUGAGAGUAAAUCCUGAAAUAGUAUGUUUUUGCAGAACACAGUAAUUGUCAUGUAGGAGGAGUGUUUCAGUGUUACACUCGGUCCUUUUUCUUUAUCAUUUAGGUCAUUUUUCUACAUUUGAAUCCAAAACCUUUUCAGUAUGCUAUUUGUUUGAUUAUAAUAUUUCUUUGUGCUAAGUUUGAAAUUGUCUGCUUCGCAAUUUUUUGGGGGGAAUCAAAAGAGUUGUGAACAAAGAUGUUAAUUCUGGUCUCUGGUCUAAAAAUAUCCUGCUGCGUGUCAGAUUCCUCUGUGAUAUUCGAUGUUCUUCACUGCCAGAUAGACGGCCCACAAACUGUUAAGAUGCUGAAAAUCAUCUGACCACUUUUGCCGGCUAAUUUCAGAACGAUGAGUGACCCAUUUAGAUUUGAUUGGUCACUCCUCUAUUGGCAAGAUGCAAUAAUUAUUGUCUUGUCUUUGUCUUUAUGAUUUACACACACCCCUGGUAGGCUAACUGGUGUGUGGGUUAGUAAAAACACAAAGCACCUCAUAUUGUAACAUAAUCAGUAUUAGUAGUAAAUGCUACUAUGUAAAAACUAGUCUUCCUCUCAGUGCAAUACAGCCUCUUCCUCCGAAACACCCGGUGACUGGAGUUAGUUGAAACCUGUUACGGUUGUGUGUGUGUAUGUGCUUUAGUCUCCACUGAAAAAAGAUUCCACCUGUUUGUAGAUAAUUCUUUUUCUUUGUAUAGAAAGUGGAAAAGGUCUUUUUUUUGUAUCUCUCUCUCUUCUUUUUUGUGCCCUGUGUUGCCUCAACCCCAUGUGACCUGAUUGUGUAAUCCUAUUUAUCCAGAACUGUGCUUUGUGUUCAUGUAAAUAGGUGUUUGUUAAUAAAAGAAUGUGCUCUUU